AUGUCUACAGUUCUUACAAGAAUCGAGGCCAUUCUUAAUACAAGGCCACUUACAAAAUUGAAUUCGGACGAUAUCACAGAAAUUCCUCUUCGUCCCAUAGAUUUCCUACAAGGGAACCUUAAAUUUUCCCUCCCGGAAGGAGAAAACUAUACAGGCAAUGACGAUCCUACGUAUGACCCAGAAUUUAUCCAGACCAGGGAACAAGCCAUGGAAGCCAUUCGAUUCUCUGAGAAUAUAGCAAACAAAUUCUGGGGGAGUCCGAGACAUCUACAGCGAACUUACCCUGAAAUCGGUGAGGUAGUAUUGAUAGAACAGGACCUAAUCCCAAGAGGAAGUUGGCCUUACGGCAAAAUCACAGAAAUCAUCACCUCGUCCGACGGUCUGAUUAGAUCAGCAAAGAUACUGAUGCCAAAUCAAAACAUCAUUCAUAGACCUCUAAACAAAAUCUACCCCUUAGAAAUAAGGAGUGGAGUGAAAGAAUCUAUCACUAACGAAAUCGAAGGAAAUAACAACUCCGAAGACACUGUUCCAGACGAGAAUUGUGAAGAGAUAGACGCUACAAGAAGGAUGCCACCUCGCAACUCAAAAACGCGGAGCCUUAUGAUUUCUUCAGGAGCAUGGAAUGCAGUUUCUGACCUUAGCUUCCACUUCUCUAGCAAGCAAGAAUCAUCCAUAAUAUCAUGCGCAAAAGGAACUGUUUUAUACGCGAUGAACGCUGCGUUUGAGGUUUGCAUGCGGCCCACGAUAUGGCAACCGUUAACCAACACAACCCGACCAACCAAGUACAUCCUACCAAUAUUGCCCACCGAGCAGGGAGUGAACGUACGGCUACGAACUCUCAAAAAUGAAGUAGUACACGAACAAUCGAAAACAUGUGAUAGGCCAAAAUUUUGUGACCAUCAGUAUUUCUUGUCAAAAAGCCUACUGGGAAAUCCACAUUGUUGGCCAGUCGGAGCCAUAGCCACAUCGGCUAUCUUGAUUUAUUUGAUCAUUGCCGCCCGUUAUGGGGAUUGCGUGGAAAUAGCCAAAUCAAAAAAAGCUGAAUCGAGCACCCCAAAACUCGACAAGAAAGUGGAACGCAGUGAACCAUCUGCCCCAACUUGCAGCUUUGAAUUAGCACCACUACCAUGCUCAACACUCAUGGUGGUGUGCGCAAUAUUUCUUAUGAUGUCGCCCAUUAAUGCGUGCCAACACGGAGUUAUGCGACACUCCGCUGAACAAGUAUGCAAUGAACUAAAUCACUGCCAUCUUGAAUACAGCAGGGAGCUGCUGUUUAACAAGCUACAAUCCGAGCUCUGCAUAGAAAUAGUGCACUCGAAUAAGACGAUAGGAGUAGCAAAAAUCACUAAGAAAACGGUGAAUUUCAAGUGCACCAAAAAUAUCGAAUUUUUCACAAGGCCUACAAAAUUGCAAAUCUAUCAGGUGAAAAGAUGCGCCCUAGCGGGAUCAUGCACCACUGAGAAGUGCGAAACUAUAAGCCCAAACGAAACCAUUUCGGAACUCAAACGGGUAGCGAAGUAUCCUGGAUAUUCCGGGUGCUUGAACAGCUGUGGCGGAAUACUGUGCGGAUGUGGUCUGUCACUACCAGCCUGCUGGUUUUACAGAAUAGUUCACAAACCCAUAUCUCAGCGAGUCUUUGAAAUUAUUCAAUGUCCCCACUGGACUCCCACAAUCACGCUCGAAAUUGAAAUUACACUAUCAAAUAACACACAGAAAACUUACUAUCGGUUCAAGAAACCGUCGCAUUACAUUGCAAACAAACGAUUUGCAUUGAGCAGUAAUGCAUCUUACAUCUUACCACCCGAUUUCCAAAUCCCAGUUGCGUGCAGUAGCUACACUCAGGCGCAAAACGAUUUUUCGACGUGCACCAAUCAGAUACGGUGCAAUUGCGGAAAUUCUGUGCACAACUGCCAAUGUCCAGACGACAGUAUUCGCAAACUACGUGAUCACACACAGUACACGUUACCCCUAGAAACACCGUAUGCAGAAAUAUUUGUAAACGACCAAGAUAUCUUUGCCUCCACCUAUGAGGAAGAAAUUGUCCUAAGAAUCGAGUCCACACUACUCCAAGAGUCCACAGAGUUAGUAGUUAACCAAGAAUGCGGGUUUAAGAUCACUGAAUUAACAGGAUGCUAUGACUGCGAACAUGGAGCGCAUUUCACAGCCCUUUGCAAGUCGCCAUCAAAUGCCACAGUAACAGUGACAUGCGAAUCACAACAAUUUUUAGUGAAAUGUGGCCCAUCGAAUGAGAGCAACGUCAUUUUUUUAAAUUUCGAGCAUCCCAUUGUUCAUGAGCAAUGCAGUGCUCACUGUUCGGAAAACCCAACUAAGUUUCUGCUAACCGGAACGCUGUUCUAUCAUAUAGCAGAAGAGCAAGCACUCCAUUUUCGACAAGAAAACGCAUGGAGUUUCUAUGAAACAUCAAUGGUUCAAUGA